AUGUCCGUGGUUUCACCCUAUUUUAAUUUAAAUUCAGUAAGUUUUACAUUCGAAAUAUGGAUUUAUCCAACAAGUGUAACGAACGACCAACCUAUAUUUAGUCAAUGUACAUGUACAACUUGCACGAAUCAAUGUCUGUUUCUGAUUAUUCGAAGUAGUAAAUUGUACAUGGGAUUUAAUUUUAAUGAUUUAACCGGUUCAACAACGCUGGUUGCCAGUUCAGUAUGGUAUCAUGUUGCCUUUGUCUACAAUUAUCAAACAUCUCAACAAAUCAUUUACCUUGAUGGUGUUCAAGAUGCAAUUCGUUCGACGUCAACAUCUUAUCUGGGAACAAAUGGAACAAUGUAUUUUGGUUAUUCACUACUUCUACCAUCAAACUAUUUUUCUGGUUACAUUGAUAAUGCACAACUGACCACGCGCGCUAAAUCAGCUGCAGAAAUAUUAGUAGAUGCUACGCAAGUAUUCUAUUAUUCAUUCGAUCAACCAAAUCCAUAUUACGACAAUGGUCCAAAUCGUUUAAAUGCUACAAGUAUACAAAAUGUGGCAAGUACAUCUGGACAUGUAGGACAAGCAGUUCGUUUCACAACUACUAGUUCGAGUUACAUUCAAAUCAAUUACUGGCCUUCCUUGGGUUGGCCGAGUAGUAAACCAUUUACAUUCGCUAUGUGGAUAUACGCAACAUCUGUAAGUGGUGGUGGUCUCCUGUAUACCCCACCUAAUGGAAUCAGUUUACUUGGCCUGACAAAUAGCGGACAAAUUGUGGCACAACUCCAGGAAGCGAGUCCUGUAAACAUUUGGCAAGCAGUGAUUGGAGGUUUUAUACCAGUUAAUACGUGGAAACAUGUGGCAUGUACAUUCAGCGUAACAAACGGUCUAAUAUUGUACCUGAACGGUGUCUCACAAGGUUCUAUAAACGGUAUUCUAACGUAUUAUUGGACCAGCGGUCUUUACUACAUUUACAUUGGAUAUGCUGGCAGCCAAGCGUAUAUAGUAAAUGGAGGUUCAUUUCAAGGUACAAUGGAUGAAUUCUACGCAUACAGGCGCGAACUAAGCGCUACAGAAAUAUUAGCGUUAGCUAGUGUAUAA